AUGGCACCGCCGUCCAAGAUCCUCCAGUCCCCGUCGCCUUCCUCAGCCGAGGGCGCGCCCGCGGGAUACGGACGAUCAUGCACGAACUGCUCCCGCGCAAAGUGCAAAUGCAUUAUCCGGACCGCUGGCCAUCCGUGUGAGAGGUGUGAACGUCUGGGAAAGGGCUGCCAGCCUAUUGCCGCCACGCGGAAGCGCGUUCCCCGCAAGAACCCGCCGUCGCGCACAGCACAGCUCGAGGAGAAGCUCGACGACCUCGUCACUAUUCUGCGUUACUCGCGGGCACCCAGUAGCCAGCUGCAGCCCCAGGCAACUGGCGCCUCCGUACCGUCCAACGUCGGUCCCUCGAGCUUGCCGUUGACGAGCCGGCUGGACUCGCUGGCUACGGCCGCUACAGCCACGGGUCCGCAUCCCACAUCCGCCCCACCAGCAGCCAGAUGCGUACUUGAAGGAGAUGGCAGCACGUCCCACCGUGGAACCGUAUCCUUGGACCAGAGGUCUGACGAUACGUAUCCUAGUCCCAUGGAGGCCGAGGCAUGCCUGCAGAGGUUCCGCUCGUGGCUCGUGAACUUCCCCUUCAUGCACCUGCCCCCCGAUCUGACGGCGGCCUCGCUGCGCGAAGAGCGACCCUUUCUGUGGUUGUGCGUCAUGAACAUUACGAGCUCGUCAAUACCUCACACGGAGAAGAUGAAGCUCAAGAUCCGCCGGGAACUAGCCGAAGCAAUCGUCGUCAAGCACGAACCUAGGAUGGAAAUCUUGCUCGGUUUGCUCGCUUACCUAAGCUGGGCCUUUAUGUGUUCUAGUCCGGGAUGGAAGCCCUUUCUUGUCCUCUUUUCGCAGCUCGCUCUGAGUGUCACUUAUGAGCUGGCCCUGACGAGAUCUUCCUUCGACGAGGGACCCUUUUCCAUGACCUUCAAGAUCCCCGGCCCUCGGCCAAAGCAUGCCAAGCUUUGCACCGCUGAGGAGAGGCGAGCCCUGGUGGCGGUCUGGUUCUUGACGUCAGCGAUUGCCACAUUUCUCGGGAGAAUCGACCCUUUUCGAUGGAACCCUCAUAUGGAUGAGUGCCUCGAAGCCCUAGAACUCGAGAAAGAGACACCGGAUGAUGAGACGCUCGUGGCCCUAGUGCGACUACAACUUGUCUCUUAUGAGGCACACAUGCAUAUAGUGGACGACGCGGCAAGCCAUGCUGAGCGAACGCCGAGUUACGUCUACCGAAAGGGCCUUUUGAUCCAGCUCAACAAGGUGCGGGAGGGCAUAUCCAGCAGGGCCGCCGCCAACUCCUCUGUACAGGCGCAUUCGUACGCCACCGAGAUGACAAUUCACUCGACAGGUCUUUUCAGCGCCAAGGUGCCCCAGACGUUGCGCAUCGAUGCCAUGUACUCGUGUCUCCAGGCCUGCCGCCGCUGGCUAGACAUCUGGUUUUCCAUCCCUCACCAGGAGGUUCCGGGCAUGACACUCGUCUUCUACGUUCAGCUUAUGCAUACGCAGAAGAUACUCUACUUUCUGCAUACGACAGACGAGCCGGCGUGGGACAAGGAGAUUGCACGCGGUACAGCCGAUAUCCUGGAAGUCCUCGACCGCACAAUUCAGCGCCUCGUCGAGAUGCAGGAAGCGUACCCGCUGCACGGCGGGGGAGACAACGACUGGGGCCUGUAUGCCAAAGCGGCCAAGAUGAUCCGCAGCAUAAAGGCGACCUGGGAACCGGCCGUACUGCAGGCCUCGGGCAGGGCGAACCACCUCUCGGUAUCGAAUCAAAACCCAGACCAAAACCGGAACCCAAAUCCCAACAUCUAUAGACCCACAUCCAUGCAGAUGCCGUCAAAUGGAUCCGACCAUACCGGAACAUCGGGGCGGGACAGCGCCAUGAUGAUGAGUGGCAUGGGAGCUCCCAUAGGCGGCGGUCCGCACCUAGCAGUCCACAAUGCUGCUGCUGCCGCUGCCGCCGCUGCCGAAUUCAGCGAUCCGACAAUCAUGGACUUUACAGACUUUUCAUGGAUGGUAGAGGGAUGUAUACCUUGGGACUCAUGA